AUGACGAUGCAAAGCUACAUUGCUACCAGCUCCAAUACACGCAUAACCCCCACUUUGAGACCCGCGAUAUCUACUGACAACGACGCGCAGACACUCGAUGCUCAACCCAUUACGUCGAAUCCUCACUUCAUUCUGUCUACGCUUACUAUCUCUGGCCGAUGUCCACUGCCACUUUCUGCCCACGAACUCUUGGCGACUUUCAACCAUGAUGUUGUUCCGCAACCGGGCAAUGACGAUCAAGACACCGUUGUACAACGAUGUCGCUCUAUGAUAAUAGCAAACCCCGGACUCCAAAUUAUGUUUCAUCGAACGCACCGUAGCUCACGUGGUUAUGUAGUUAUGUCUCUUUUAUUCUGCCUGUAUCACUUGAAGCUUUGUGAAAAGAUGGUUAUGUUCGACGCUGGAACUUAUUCUAAAAAAGAUUCUCUGAGUAGUGAUUCAGACUUUCCAAAAAAAUUUUGUUGGUCUAAUCAAGGAAUAUAUGGAGCAACGCAGAAGAAUUUUUCUCGCUCAAACGCUUCGGAGACACCGAUCGGAGGUCUUUAUGUGGGCAGUCGAAUUACCGGGCGUUGUUUCAAGAGAGCGACUGAAGCUAAUUGCAAAGAAUAUGGCAGACAGUAUGAACAAUGGCCAAGGCGGGUAAUAUACAAAGUGGCAGAGGAGUGGAAACAAUGA